AUCGCGAUUGCUCAGUUGCCCAAACAAUCACCUAUGUUGCAGCAGCAUGGUGACUACGAAACUGUUCAAGAAAAGAACCGUCGUAUGUCUGCAGGAGCUCAUAGCAUGUCUUCCGCGUUCAACUCUCCGCUGCGCAACCGCACGCAGAACGUUCGAGAAGACUCCUAUGGAUCUCCGCACAAGACGACACCUCGCGCGCGUGGUGAAGCCAACGGCGGACAGUCGACUCAACGUCGCGAGUCUGUUUCUAGUCAGACUUCUCCAAUGCCUCGCAACUCUACAGGUCGUUCUUCGUUCUCCAGCAUCCGCGCCCCAACGAUGCUCCAUCCCGCCUACGGUACCAACUCGAUCUCCAUGGCUGGCAUCAACGACGCGCUGGCCGUGCAAGAACUUGCCUUCCGUCAGGGUCUCCAGGAUAGGCACAACGUCCGCGACAGACUCCCAGCCAGCACCUUCCCAUCGCAGUACGAUACCAUUUGGGCAGAGUUCUACAGGCUAGGUAAAGCAUCCAACGCUGCGCCCAUGCCUCCCCCACCCCACCUUCACUCGCCGUCGCAGCCAAACUACUCCUGGCCGGUCCUCAUCAACCCCCACACUCAGAGCCUGGAGCAUCCGACGGGCAUUCUGGACAUGGAGUGGACGCGAAACAUCUGCGAGAUUGCGUUGAACUGCAUGGAAGCUCUCAUCCGGGUCGCCUGCAGCCGUAAGAACGAUUGGCAGAAGCUCACCAUCGACGUCCCUUUUCCUUGCCAAGAAGCCCUGCUAGAGUUUGACGAUCUUGCUGAUCGAUACGAGUACCUGAAGGACGCUGCUCGUCAGGCUCUCGCUGGCGGCCGUCCUCACGGCUUCUAGCUUGCGUGCGAUAUCGCGUUUAUUGUGCGUCGACCUCGGUAGCUUCAUCGUGCUUACCUUGUGAGCUAUAUAUCUGCUCGACGCUACUCAACGCACGACGCGAAGACUAUGUUCUUGGACGUUUGUAUGAAUACAUUGGGCUCUCGACAUGUUUGUUUCAUGAGCGCCCCACACCAACCCCCAAACAGAUUUACCCAACAAGCACGAAGCCCCACUGUUUUCUUUUCUUUUUCUUUCUUUUCCUACCGGCGUUGCCGAUGGGCUGGGCAUGUCUGGCCACUGCAGGAGUUUUCAGCAGGACCAUGUGGCGACAACGAUGAGAUGGCAAUGUUUUUUCUUUAGGUGGGUGCAUGUGUCCGGAUGCGAGCCAAUCUGUCGAGCAAUGUGUUCAUGAACGAUGUACAAUAAGAUGACGAAGAUGAUGAAGGCGGAUUGGAUCAAAUGUGUACGAUAAAAUUACUACUACGUGUUAGUUAGCAUGGAU